CCUCCAGGGGGCGGCUGACGGGGACCCGGGAGGGGACGGCCGUGGGGCGCGGCCUCGCCUCCCUCGCACCCCGCCUCCCGGGCAGCGGUGCUGGCGAUGUGGAGACCAGAGGGGACCCGCCGGCCGCCCGGGCUCUCCAGGGCUCCGCCAGCGAUCGCGCGUCCCUCCGCGCCCGGGGCGGGCGGCGAGAGGAGCCGGAGCCCCAGCGUCACCAUGGGGCACAACGGGAGCUGGUUCUCCGCGAACGCCAGCGAGUCGCGCAACACGUCGGGCGCCGCGGCGGCGGGCUCGAACCGCGGCGCGCUCGGGGAGUUGGGCGGCGAGGCUCAGCUGUACCGCCAGUUCACCACCACCGUGCAGAUCGUCAUCUUCAUAGGCUCGCUCCUCGGAAACUUCAUGGUGUUAUGGUCAACUUGCCGCACAACUGUGUUCAAAUCUGUCACCAACAGGUUCAUUAAAAACCUGGCCUGCUCGGGGAUUUUUGCCAGCUUGGUCUGUGUGCCCUUCGACAUCGUCCUCAGCACCAGUCCUCACUGCUGCUGGUGGAUCUACACCAUGCUCUUCUGCAAAGUUGUCAAAUUUUUGCACAAAGUCUUCUGCUCUGUGACGAUCCUCAGCUUCCCUGCCAUUGCUUUGGACAGGUACUACUCAGUCCUCUAUCCACUGGAGAGAAAAAUAUCUGAUGCCAAGUCCCGGGAACUGGUGGUGUACAUCUGGGCCCAUGCAGUGGUGGCCAGUGUCCCUGUGUUUGCAGUGACCAAUGUGGCUGACAUCUAUGCCAUGUCCACGUGCACAGAAGUCUGGAGCAACUCCUUGGGCCACCUGGUGUACGUCCUGGUCUAUAACAUCACCACAGUCAUUGUGCCUGUGGCUGUGGCGUUUCUCUUCCUGAUCCUGAUCCGCCGGGCUCUGAGUGCCAGCCAGAAGAAGAAGGUCAUCAUUGCAGCGCUCCGGACACCUCAGAACACCAUCUCUAUUCCCUAUGCCUCCCAGCGGGAGGCUGAGCUGCAUGCCACCCUGCUUUCGAUGGUAAUGGUUUUUAUCCUGUGUAGUGUGCCCUAUGCCACCCUGGUCGUCUACCAGACUGUGCUCAAUGUCCCCAACACCUCCGUCUUCUUGCUGCUCACUGCCAUUUGGCUGCCCAAGGUCUCUCUGCUGGCAAACCCUGUGCUCUUUUUAACUGUGAACAAAUCUGUCCGCAAGUGCUUGGUAGGGACUCUGGUGCAGCUGCACCAUCGGUACAGUCGGCGUAAUGUGGUUAGCACAGGGAGUGCGAUCGCCGAUGCCAGCCUGGAACCUAGCAUGCGCUCAGGCAGCCAGCUUCUGGAGAUGUUCCACAUUGGCCAGCAGCAGAUCUUUAAGCCCACAGAGGAUGAGGAAGAGAAUGAAGCCAAGUAUCUUGGCUCUGCUGGCUUCCAGGCCAAGGAGGUAUUUACCACCUGCCUGGAGGGAGAGCAGGUGGCACCUCAGGUACCAGGUACAGUGGACUCUAUAUCCCAGGUAGCACCAGCAGGCCCUGUGGAGCCUGACACACUGCCUGACAAGUAUUCCUUGCAAUUUGGCUUUGGGCCUUUCGAGUUGCCCCCGCAGUGGUUGUCAGAGACCCGAAACAGCAAGAAGAGGCUGCUUCCACCCUUGGGCAAUACGCCAGAAGAACUGAUCCAGACAAAGGUGCCCAAGGGCAGGGUGGAGCGGAAGAUGAGCAGAAACAACAAAGUGAGCAUCUUCCCAAAGGUGGAUUCCUAGCAAGGACUGUAAAUUUCUAGAAGCAACAGGGAGCUUCUAUAUUCCUGCCUUCCUUCACUCUGGCCAUCUGAGAUGUGUGAUUUCAUUGCAACUCACUGUAGGGUGUUUCUUCCUACAUGGAACAAAUGCUUUUGAAUGAAAGAGAAGUUUAGGUAAAAUCAAAUAUCCUUAUUAUUGUGGGAGUGUCUAUAUUUAGCUCAGUGCUUGUGUGCUUAGUGAAGUCCACAUUCUUCUCUGAGGGAUGAAAGCUGGGCACUUUGGAGCAGGUCUCAGGAUAGGUGUUCCAUGUGCAUUUUCUGGGGAUUCAUAAUUUUCCUGGGGACAGCAGAAACACACAAAGAAAAGAGGUCCAUGAUUUUAAAGGGAGUAGAGAUCCUCUAAGGGUAUGGUGUCCAAGUGGGACCAGUCUGUGGCCUGUUGGGAGCUAAGAUGUACAGCAGUAGAUGGGCAAAGCUUCAUCGGUAUUUAUAGCUCCUCUCCACUGUGGGCAUCACCCCUGGGCUGUGCCUCCGGGAGUGUGAGCCUACUGUGAACUGCACAGCUCCGCCUUGGUUUUGCACUCCUCUAAAUCAUCCCAUACCCCACCUCUCCCACUCUUGUGUGUGGAAAAAUUAUCUUCCACAAAACAGGACCCUUGGGCCAAAAAAGAUGGGGUGGAGGCCACUGCUGUAAGGGAAGUCCAAGAUAAUUAUGGUGUGGAGUGGCCAAAAAAGAAGAUGCUUAGUCGAGUAACAAAUAUAAGAAACAGAAGAACCUUUUAUAUUUGGAAGAUAGGGUAAUGGGAUUGGACAGCAUUUCUCUGGAAGCCCCAACCGUGAUGACUUUUAUUUCCCUGCUACCUGGCAUUCUUUAUACUGGAAUAGGAGUAAGGAAUAACCAUUUCACUCUGUGUGGCCAGCAUGGUGAUGGAUAUGCCCAGGGCUAAGGGAGACUUGUCCUUGACUAUCCUGACAUUCUCUGGGCCUCCCCAAAGCCCUAGAAAGAGCAUCUGAACCUCCAGUCAUGCUCAGUGUCAGAUGGGAAACACUGUGACACUUCACUGUGAUCCGUUCCUUGAACUAUGUUUUCUAAACAAACAAAAAGUUUAGAGGUGUGGAAGAAAGUGCGAGAAAUGCUCAUGGCACUGUGGUCUUCUCCACCUGAUCUCACAUGAAAGAUGCUAUGUAACAAUCUGUAUGAGUAAAAUAUAUUGGAAAAACCACCUUACAUAAGUUUUUGGAAUUAUAAGGUGGUUAGAAAUGCAAAGUUAGCAAGAGCUGAGUCUGUUGGACUAGAUUGCUAAGUUACCUGAUUAGGAAAGGUGAUUCUAUCCAAAAGACUGGCAAGAGUCAGAAUGGCCAGGUGCCCUGUCUCAUGUUUAGCGUGGUCCAACUUGGGUUCUCAUAGACUAAGAUGGACAGAGCAAGAAGAUGGAAUCACUGUAAACUGUCCAGGCAACACUCAGCCCAGAGAGUUCUUCAUUUCCUUCUUCCAGAGUAUAUAGAGGAGAGAGGGCAGUGUCCUCAGCUCCCUGGUCCCGGGGUUGGCUCCCACAUGUGGCUUGAGUCUGCUCUGGAAUUGGUCUCAUCAGGCUGAAUUUCAUUCUUACUGAGGGCAAAGCAAGUGCCAGCCUGUUUUUUUUUUUUUUUUUUAGGGUAGUGAUGGCGAACCUUGUAGAGCUUUCAGUGAUAGCAAACAGCUGUGGCACACAUGCUAUAGGUUUGCAGCCAUUGCUCUAGGGUGUUUUGUUCUUUUUAAUGGUACCUCUGGGGAGUCCAUCGGUCCCUUGAGCAAGCUUGAAAGGAAGUAGAUGUCCUCAUAGGCAGAUUACCACAUGCCAAAGGCAGUGAUCCUAACACAUUUCCUCCUUUAGCUGUGCUGGCCCCUUGUCCCUUGCAGGAAGCUCAGCCCGUAAGUGGGGAGUUCCCUUUUCCUUCUCUUGAGUAUGGUGUCUUGAGACUCCUGGUUAUGAGCCCAAAGACCCUACCCCCCAAGUGGGAGUACCUUCCUCUCUGUGUUUGUCGCCUUGCAGUGUAGUUUGCUCACAGCAGAAACAGGGGACCAGCACCUCUCUUGAGGCUCAGCUGCCUCCUAGACCCUGUGUGCAUGCCAUCUGUCACUUCUGGCCCUAGGAGUUCAUGCUGUGGCCCUUCAAGCCUAUCUUUCAAAGCUUUCAUAAUUGUUGCAACUUUAUCAAGGAGAAAAACAGCCAGAAAAUUUUAUCCAGCCUGUCAAAUGUAGCCAUUUUGGUGUUGUCCUGACAAUGUAUGUAUAUAUGUAUGUAUGUGUAACUAAAUAAAUUCUGAUGAAGCCAAA